AUGGCCCUCGCUUUCGGAUUUCCGACUUUUCAUCCAACUAGGUAAGCCUUUCAAAAUUAUAAUUUUCAGUCUUCGCUGCAAGUAAUUGAGUUAUCAGUAUCUAAGAGUUUUUAGGGUCUAACACCGGUUUUUUUUUGGUAUACAGUAUAAUGGACUCUCUGAAAUUGGUUAAAUGGAUACAGUGUUUUCUUUAGGUUUGGAUAUGUUGAAAACAAAUUAGUGGGUUAUUUUGGUUUAUAACCGAUCAAGGUAAAACGAGAAUUAGAAUGGAGAGGAGGCAAGGGGCGGGGGAGGGGGGGGGGGAAGUAUUGCGGAGGAAAUGCAGCGGAAUGCCCUAGUGUUCUUCCCUGGUUUGGCCUCAAUCCAGCUUUUCAGUGCACAGCUGUUUUAUAGAAAGCUAAUGAAAUUCCUCCUUGCGAAUUACCUUUCGAAAAAUUACUAUCCGAAAAAAAGGUCACUAGAGAGUACCGACCUGCCAGACAAGUAACCCCCUGGACCGCUCUGAUUCGUUUACUUUUUCUUAUGGCCUAAUCCACACUUGACUGUUUGUACGUUUGUUAUUUUUUUCCAAGUUAUGCGCAUAUCUUUUGGUUAGCUUGUCAUCUUUGAGGGCCACAAGUUUUCAGUUUUUAACUGGCUGUCGUCACGCUCUGUGACUAAAGUUGAUUAUGAUCAGAGAUCAUGAUAUUAAUUAUGGCUAUGAUUAUGAUUCGGUCCUAGAAACUCUUGCCUUAGCUCACACUGAAAACCUUCCAAUUUCGCCCAAUUUCUCUCGCUAGGGUCAGGGAAAUAGGAUCAGCCUGAUGAGCUCAGUUAGGCGAUUUAGGAACUGGAUGGGCGAUAAGCCUGAAUAUCCUCACAGGAGAGUGCCUUAAAGCUUCGAUUUCCUAUUCUUUCUCUUCUUUAUUUCAGACACUUUCCUAUUUUAUUCGUUAAUGCUUAAAGCAAAACAAAUUAAACAUUUCAUAGGUAUUAUCACCACUGAUUUGCAAACGCGACAAACCCCGCAAUGUUUUGUUCUGCCAGCGUUAGUCAGACAGGCGUUUAAAUACGGCAAUUCAAAAUUUCACGGAAACAUUUUGAUUUACACUGUAAAGAAAAUCCGACUUGCAAAUUUUUAAGACAACUGAGAUGUUUUGGUCCAGUUAGUCUCACCAACUGCAGACAAAAUAACAAUUUUCUUUUGUUUCAAUUUCAGCUACAACAGUUACUUCAAUCAAGUUGUCCCAGGUUAUGGGUUUUUGCAAGAUUUAUGGAGGAACACAGCUCUCUUCUGGGAGGAACAGGCUCGGCAGAAGAAACUAAUGAAGACAUAUUCGGGCCCAGUGAUAAUUGCUUGGCUGCCACUGAACCAGUACAAACCAGAAGAAAUUUCACUCGAUGUUGACGACGAAAAUAUAAUCUUACACGGCCAGCAUCGAUCCGAAGGAGAAGACGGAUUUGAAAAUAGUGAGUUCAAAAAAAUCAUUAAGCUCCCGGAAGACGUAGAUCCCACAACAGUGACGUCACAUGUAACCAGAGAUGGUAGCGUUCUAGUCCUCAAUGGCAUCAAACGCGUUAAAAAGAAAAUAAAAGCAAACGAUGACAAAUACGUGGUUAAAUUGGAUCUGCGUGGAUUUAAACCAGAAGAAAUCAAGAUCCAGAUUCGAGGACAUGAGCUCAUGGUCAUAGCAGAACACAGAUCGGAGGAAGAUGGUUCACGUGAUUAUAGGCGUCGCGUUUUGCUGCCCGAUGACGCAGACCUCAGUUCAUUGACGUCACGCCUCUGCUGUAAAGGCGUACUAACCAUAAAAGUAUCACGUGAUCCAGCUUUCUUACAAAAGGAAAGAAACGUGAAAGGUGAUAAGCCCCGACCUCAAGACGAGGCAAAACAAGAAGCAACUUGAAGUGGUAACACAGAAUUCAAUCGGCGCCUCGAUUGAAUGA